CAGCAACAGCAGUAGCAGCGGCAGCAGCAAGCAAUACAAGCGGUGGCAGUGGCAAAACGUUGCGUUGUUGCAACAAUUUUUUCGGCUCGCGCUCGCUACGGUGGCGGCGGCAAUGGUGGUUGCAGCAGCGGCAGCAAUCUCAUUCAGUUUCAGUCUCAUCCCAGCACUCGUGGCGGCAACAACAACGCUCAGCACUCUAGUGUAGUUGUUCGUUUCGGUUUCGGUUUUGCGUUUCUCGGUGUUUCGCGUUUACGAGUUUCGCGUGAGUGAAGAAAAAGAUACUGAUUACGGACUGAUACAACUGCGGCCAGUUAACGGAAAAGUAUCUCACAGUUAGCGACUGCAAAAUGCGGCAACUGUGCAAUUGCCGGCGCAAGCAAUGCAUGGCAAAAUUAAUAACCAUUAAAUAAACGCCAACAACAGCAAAAGCAAUAGCAGCAGCGAGAAAAAAGUGUGCGGCAUGUAAUGUUCAAAAGUAUCUCGGCCCAAGUGCUAAACAUAUCAAAACAACCCACAAGAUACAACACAUCUGUGCAACACAGUGCAAACCCAAAAGAAACCCAAAAAUAAUAUAAAAAUAAAUAAAGCAACAAAGCUACGACUGCAUUUAAUUUGCAUUUCAAAUUGUUUUGAGAAUUUGUGCAUUAGUGUUUUGUGUGGAAAAGUGUGUGUGAAGCCCCUAUUUAAAUACACUAUAAAUACAUAUUUAAAAACAAUGCGAUUUAUGCAUUCGACCUAAGGAUACAAUCGUUUUGAAAUCACUGAAAAAUUUGAUGCUACAAAUAUUUUCAAAUUAGAUCUCACUUCUAAGCCAAUUUCAAACGGAAUCAAGUUUCUCCCCACAUUCUCACAUGGAGAGUUGCACAGCCAACAACAACAACGACAACAAAAUGACGCACAGAUUAUCAUCAGCUACAGCUACAACAACAGCAACAAAAUCCAACUACAAAAUGUUCUCCCGCCAGUGCCUUUCCACCUCCAACCCGCGCUCUAGCUACCCCCGCUCAUCAUCAUCCUCAUCGUCAUCAUCUUCAUCCCAGAGUCGAGGACGGCAUUUAACCUGCCCGACAAGUAACUGGAACGGCAACUGGAACCUUAGCCUCUUGGCAUUGAUCAUUGCCAGCGGCUGUUUAAUGCUCAAUACGCCAGCAAUUGCGGCUUUCGAUAUUGCUACGUGCAAUGUGCCACUGGGCAUGGAAUCGGGCGCAAUUACAGAUGCUCAAAUCACAGCAAGCUCAGCCCAUGACACGGGAUUUGUUGGGCCACAACAUGCAAGACUGAAAACCGAUAAUAAUGGCGGUGCCUGGUGCCCCAAGCAUAUGGUAUCGAAUGCGCUCAAGGAGUAUCUGCAAGUGGAUUUACUGCAGACGCAUGUGAUAACCGCCAUACGGACACAGGGUCGCUUCGGCAAGGGUCAGGGUCAAGAGUACACCGAGGCCUAUGUGCUUGAGUAUUGGCGACCGGGCUUUGACAAAUGGCAACGCUGGAAGAACACACAAGGCAAAGAGAUUCUGCCCGGCAACAUCAACACUUACAGCGAGGUGGAGAACGCAUUGCAACCGAUUAUAUUUGCCUCAAAGAUACGCAUAUAUCCGUAUGGUCAAUACGAUCGCACCAUCUGCCUGCGUGCCGAGAUCGUCGGUUGCCCCUGGGAAGAAGGCAUCGUUUCCUACAGCAUACCGAAGGGAGUGCAGCGCGGCAUGGAAGUCGAUUUAUCGGACAAGACCUACGAUGGCAAUGAGCAGGGUGACCGCUACGUGGAUGGAUUGGGUCAAUUGGUGGAUGGCCAGAAGGGCAAGGACAAUUUCCGCACCGAUAUUCAUGGCUUUGGCAAAGGUUACGAAUGGAUUGGCUGGAGAAAUGAUACGCCCGGUCUGUUGGGCAAACCCGUUGAAAUUGUGUUCGAAUUUGAUACGGUUCGCAAUUUCAGUGCCAUCGUUUUGCAUACGAACAACAUGUACACCAAGGAUGUGCAGGUCUUCGUGCAUGCGAAGGUCUUCUUUAGCAUCGGUGGACGUUACUUUUCCGGCGAACCCGUUCAGUUUUCCUAUAUGCCCGAUACGAUAAUGGAUCAUGCUCGCGAUGUGACCAUUAAGCUGCAUCAUCGCGUGGGCAAAUAUCUGAAAAUCAAUUUGUACUUUGCUGUCAAAUGGAUUAUGUUAUCCGAGAUCAGUUUUAUAUCUGUGCCUGCGUUGGGAAAUUUCACAGAUGAGCAGGAGCAGCGCAAUAAUUCGCCAGGCAGCGCACAGGAUGGCAGCAAUACACGGGAAUAUCCUUUGCAGAGCAACGACUAUCAGCACAAUCAUAACAAAAACAAAAUGAAUGGCGGCGCGUCUGGAGGUGCUGGCGGUGCCGCAAACGGUGGCGCCACCGAUGCCACCAGCAGCAACAGCAACAGCGUUUACAACAAUGGACCAGAGCUAAUUGCGCCACGCCCGAUUGAUCAGGAGCCGAACGAGGCGAACUUCAUUGGUGUUGUCAUUGUGGUUCUAACAACGAUAAUUAUCCUUUUGGUCGCCGUUAUCCUGUUCAUCGUGUCACGCACGAAGCGAGCCCGUGGCAGCAACGUUCUCGAUGCAUUCCAAUACAGCUUCAACCCCAACACACUGGGCGGCAAUGUCGACAAGCAUCGCCCCAAUGGCAAUAGCAUUAAGGCCAGCGUCGACGACAACGAUUCCAUUGGAAAGAACAGUCUCUACCACGAGCCCUUCAAUGUGAAUAUGUACACGAGCGGUGUGAACGGCUACGCAGCGGUUAAUGAUUUACAAUGUAAUAUGACGCCAGACUAUACAGAUGUGCCAGAAGGUGGCUAUGCGGUUCCCCACAUGCAGGACUAUAUGCCGGCAUCGAAAAUGUCCAAUGCCGGUGGCGGCUAUGUGAAUGUGCGACGCACGCCGCCGCCACCGCUGAGCAGCAUAUUCCCCAGACCGCCGACGGUGCCGCCACCGCCCAUGGAGAAAUAUUAUGCGACCACAGCCAUAUUCAAGCCCAUCAAAGGCGGCGGCGGCUCAUCGAGCGGCGGCAGCAACACCAACACCGUCAGCAGCGGCGGCGGCAAGAGCAGCCACAGCAAUCAGGAUCAACUGAAUGGCAUCUACGGUGACGAUGGCAUGGGCACCAUGAACUCACAGUCGACAGCCCCGAUGAUCAAUCCAUAUACCAGUGGCAACAGUGCUGCAGCAGCUGCUGCGGCUGCGGAAUUUCAGCGAGCCAGAACUUAUAACUUCCGCAGCUAUCCAGACAAUCUCUAGUUCGAAGCUUCACUUAAGUUGGCGGCAGCCGAGCCUGCCACAUCGGGCAACGGCGCUGGCACUUCGGGCAACGGCACAGAUCCUUUGAUUGCUGCCCCCAAGCGUAACAAUGGUGCAGCAACCACAAUGCCCAAGAAGCCGCAACAUCUGAGCAUUGCCAAUAACACGUGCAAUGCGAAUGCCAAUGCCAAUAAGCCCAAAUAUAGUUUGACGCUGCACAACAAUAAGUAUGCCACAAGUGGUGGUGGCAACAAGAACAACGUCACCUCGAUGCGCGACAAUCAACAGCAGCAACAACGACAACACCUGAAGGCGUUGCGUUUAACCCGCGACGUCAGCAACACCGAUAUCAACGACUACAAGCGACCGAUGCUAUCGAAUCUAUCGCCUGCCGAGGAUGUUGGGAUUCAUCUAAGCAGAAAUUUGACCCUCAAAUCGGGCAAUGGCAUUGGCAUUGGCAAUGGGAGUGGCACUGCUGCUGCCAACGGUGAAGCUUCUGGCAUUUUGACAACAUCGACAACAACAAAUGCAACUAAAUUGACUGGUAAUACGGCGAAUGGAAAUGUCAACGGAAACGGAAAUGCGGCCACAACAACUGCAACUCCAAUGGCGAACGGUGUUAUGAGGACACAAAACAACAGGCUGUGGUAUCAUUGAUGAAAACGCCAUUAUUAAAUGGAUUUGAGCUCUGAUGCUCUACACGGACGUGCAACAACAAACAGAAUAGAAAAGCAGAAAAAAUAGCAAAAAAGAAGAAAAAAAAAAAUAUAGAAGCAAAAACCAUAUGAAAAAUGUUAAGUACUAGUAAUCAUACAGCAAAUUUGUAUUAGAACCCGCCCCUCCCACAAAUGCGGAGAGCACAAUGCGUCGAACAAUUGAACCCACUGAGCAAAACGGAAGAGUAAAAGUAAACAUAAAAAAUGAGAAAUAAGAAAAUUAUUAAAGUCGAAUAUCUAAGCAAAAUGUAGCGUCGAAUAUAUGCCAACGAAAUGAUACAACUUAUAAAAAUACAACCUGUAAAUAUAUACCUAGUAUAUCGGAAUGCAAAAGGUAGUGAACAAAAUAAAAAUGCAUAUGAUAGAAAAGCGAGCUGAAUUUUUAAAAAUAACAAAAUGAAAAAGAAAAAGAUGGGCACUAGUUUCUCAUAGAUCAAAUGCAAUCGAGCAAAACGUAAGAAGAAGAAAUAUAUUAAAAAAUAAAAAAAACGAAUUUAAGAUCUAGCAUUUAGCAACACUUAUUGUUUAUAAAACGAAACGAAACGAAUCGCGAUGUAUGAGCAAAAGAUAUUGAAGAAUAUGAAGUAACUAGCAUAUAAUAAAGUUCAACUGAUUUUUAGUACCUUUCCAAAACAAAAACAAAAACACAAAAAAAAAAACAAAAGAAGAGAACUAACUGUAAAUGUCUGUAAUAUCCUCAAUCCUAAUCCCCACAUUAUGCUAUCCUAUAACUGUACUAUCGUAUAUAUUCUGUGACCUCCCCCCCAUUUGAGAGAUCCCCACUGUAAAUUUCUGUGUAUAAACCUAGAAAAGUAUCCAUGAGAUACAAUACUUAAACGUAGAUUGUUUGCUAACUGCAGCAGAUGGAAAUGCCGCGUCAAAAAAUUAUGUAGAGCAAUCAAGAGACGAUCGACGAUUGAACGAUUGAUGAUUGACCUUGAUUGAUGAUGAUAAAAUUGUAACGGAAUUUAACGGACCAAGAGAGCGUGCAGAGCGUCGUCGCCUAAAACCAAUUAAAAUGAAGUUUUCAUCAAUGAUUUGUGAUUAAAUAUUUAACUACCUACUUAUAAAAACAAAAAAACAAAAGGAAAACAAAAAGAAAAAAUGAAUAUUCAGUUCUUAAUGCUAAACUUUAAUUUAAUGCAAAUCGUACUACCCGACAAAAAUGACUCUGACUAUAAAAACAAAAAACAAA